CACUUCGCAAUUAAGCCGAACACAUCGCAGCGAAUCGCGGCGGCGGCAUCCCCCAUUGCCAUCCGUGGCCUCAUCUCUGACCUCUCGCCGCCCCCGGCGUCGCCGACGCGAUGCCUCCGCUCCCGAGGCUCCUCCACCGCCACCUCUCCGUCCCGCUCGCGCGCCGCCUCACCCCUUGCCAUCCGUGUCCGCCCGCGGCCGACGUCUUCCUCCGUCGCGGGCUCGCAUCUUCCUCCGCCGCCGCGGCCGCCGCUGCGGCAGCGGGCCGGGAGAAGAGCUCUAGGAAGACCCUGGGUUACCUUGUCGGCGUGGCAGUCGCCAUGGUCGGCGCCUCCUACGCGGCCGUCCCGCUCUACCGCCGGUUCUGCCAGGCCACCGGGUACGGCGGCACCGUCCAGCGGCGCGAGAGUGUAGAAGAGAAGAUCUCCCGACAUGCUCGAGUCGGAACAACACCAUCAAGAGAGAUAGUUAUCCAAUUUAAUGCUGAUGUUGCUGAUGGAAUGCCAUGGAAGUUUAUCCCUACGCAGAGAGAGGUGAAGGUUAAACCUGGUGAAAGUGCUCUUGCAUUUUAUACUGCUGAAAAUAGUAGUUCAGCUCCAAUUACUGGUGUGUCCACGUAUAAUGUUGCUCCGAUGAAGGCUGCAAUUUACUUCAAUAAAAUACAAUGUUUCUGCUUUGAGGAGCAAACACUUCUUCCAGGGGAGCAGAUUGACAUGCCGGUAUUCUUCUACAUUGACCCUGAGUUUGAGACGGACCCCAAAAUGGACGGGGUGAACAACAUAGUUCUUUCCUAUACAUUCUUUAAGGUGAAAGAGUAGAAAUGAUUGUAAGUGACCCGUAACAUUAAUUCUAUUGAAACCGUUACGCAAAUUGUGUUCCUAAAAACUCCUUCUCAUGUAACACCAAGAGUAAAAGGUUAGGUUUUUCAUGUAGUUAUUAGUUCACAUGGUUUGGUGGAAAUUUUUGCAAAUAAUCUGUAAGGAUUGUUCCGAUGCAGUCAAAUUGGAGAAACAGUUUUGGGCCGAUCUGAAGAAUCGAGGAAGGGGAAUGAAUGUAUUGAUGGGAUCAGGAAACUUUAUCACGUUUGUUUGGACCUAAAUGGUUAAUGUAUUUUUUUCCUGGUAAUGUACGUCUGAACCCAGGCACAGAUGCUCGUGA